AUGAAAAUAACUAAUAAUGCAGUUAAAUUAGUUAACAUUUAUGUUCAAUACUAUAAAGAUUUAAAGGAAUUAGAAAAACAAUAUUUCAAAUUGGAGAGUCUUCUAUGCAUUGCUGCUCAAAAAUUUCAUAAUACUUACAAAUGUUUAUUUAACCAAUUUCUUUUAUAUUCUUAUUAUGAUUUUACUAAUAUCGAUUCUGAAAUAAAAAUCAAUAAUUUGUUUACAAUUGUCUAUCUUAUGGAAUUACUUCAUACAAUAUUUCAAAAUUUUAAUACUAAUAAACUUAUUAACAUCACAAUUGACAGAUAUGCAGCAGUUGGAAAAACAUCAGUUGGAGAAGCAAUUGCAAAUCAAUAUGGUUAUCAGUUUAUUGAUUCUGGAAAAAUAGUCAAAAGCAAAGAAUUUGUUGUAGUUGAUUAUGAUAUCACCACUCUCUGUUUAUCUGAUGCUGAAGUAAAAAUAAUUUUAUCAGCAGAUAUGGAGACUCGUAUAGCUCGCUGUGCUUUUCAAACAAAUUUAAAAGAUUAUACUAAUAUUUUCAACAAUAUUUUAGAACGAGAUGUAUUAUCUCAAUCAUUAAUUAAACAAGCAUAUAAUGUCUCAUAUGAAAUUAAUACAACCAAAUUAACAUUAUCUGAAGUUGUCGAUAUGAUUUUAAUUCAAGUGUUUAAGAAGAUACUUAGUAUAACAUAUUAA